GUGCGAGCUAACGGGGAGGAAGGAGCCGGUUUUCCUCCUGUGGGCUAAAGGGACAACGUCCUGCUCCUGUGCUAGCUGAUUCACUGUGGACGUCGAAGCGUCAACACCUCCAGGCAUUAAUCUUAUCUGCAAACCAAGCAGCCACGAUGUCCAGGGAGCAGCAGGCAGUAGCACGUGCCAGAAAAGCCUUUGAAACAGGCAGGUCCAAAUGUUUAGAACACCGCAUCCGCCAGCUGAAGAACCUGAAUAGGUUAUUCACUGAGAGACAGAACGAGAUAUCGGAUGCCCUCAAGAAGGAUCUCGGUAGGAGUGAUGUAGGGGCCCAGCUGUAUGAGACCCUGGGUCUGGAAGGGGAGAUCAACCUCGCCAUCAAGAAGCUGAAGGAGUGGGCCGCCCCUCGAGCCGUGGAGAAGAGCCUUGUGACCAUCUCAGACACCGUCUACAUCAAGCCAGAGCCACUGGGAGUGGUGCUGAUCAUCGGGUCCUGGAACUACCCGUGGGCUGUCACCAUCCAGCCACUCGUUGGUGCAAUCGCUGCAGGUAAUGCAGCUGUAAUCAAACCAUCUGAGCUCUGUGUUCACACUGCAAAGCUCAUGGAGGAGCUGCUGCCCAUUUAUAUCGACAAAGAGCUUUACCCUGUAGUAACUGGAGGAGUAUCAGAGACCCAGGAGCUGCUGCGCCAGCGCUUUGAUCACAUUUUCUACACCGGAAACAGUAUGGUCGCCAAACUGAUCAUGGAGGCUGCCUCCAAACACCUGACACCUGUGACUCUGGAGCUUGGUGGAAAGAGCCCCUGCUACAUCGACAAGAACUGUGACAUCAGAGUAGCGUGCAGGCGCAUCACCUGGGGAAAGUACAGUAACUGCGGUCAGACUUGCAUCGCCCCUGACUACAUCCUUUGUGAGCCCAGCAUCCAGGACCAGGUCAUUGAAGAGGUCAAGAAGUCCAUUAAGGAGUUCUACACAGACGACCCAAAGACCUGCUCUGACUAUGGACGCAUCAUCAACCAGCGCCACUUCAAGAGAAUAAUGGCCAUGAUAGACGACAGCACUGUGGCUGUCGGAGGUGGCUCUGAUGAGGCAGACUGCUACAUAGCUCCCACUAUUUUGCGUGACGUGAAGCCAGAGGCGAAGGUAAUGCAGGAGGAGAUAUUUGGACCUCUGUGUCCCAUCGUGUCUGUCAGCGACCUGGAUGAAGCAAUAAAGUUUAUCAAUAAGGGAGAAAAACCCCUGGCCUUGUACGUCUUCUCUUCAGAUGAUAAGGUGAUAAAGAGAAUGGUGGAAGAGACCUCCAGUGGAGGACUGCUGGCCAAUGAUUGUCUUGUGCACUUCUCUGUCAGCAGUCUGCCUUUUGGAGGCGUAGGGAACAGUGGUAUGGGUUGCUACCACGGUAAGUUCUCCUUCGACCAGCUGAGCCACAAGCGCGGUUGUCUCAUCAAAAAGCUGAACAUGGAAGGCGUCAACAGCAUGCGGUAUCCACCUCACACGCCGAAGAAGCUCAGCAGAGCACGCUUCUUCCUUUUGAAGACCCUGGACCUGGGCUGGAUUGGGCGGAUGAUGCUCUUAGCCGUCCUGGGUGUAGUGGCUGCUGUUGUGCUGCAGAAUUAUCUCCUUUGAAAUCACCCUGCUGCUUCCUGGACGAUAAACUUGUCAUUUCCUUGAGAGACUUUGGACCAGAGAGAAGAAGAGGUGGUGUUUCAAGCUUGUGCAUUAAUCAAACCUAAUAUUUCAAGCAUCACUGGAAUAUGUUGCGUGUUGCCUUAAUACAUUAGAAAAUACACGUCAUGAAUUGACUCCUUUUUGUGAUGGUGAUUGUUUUAUUAUGAAGCUCUUAAAUCUCUUUUACGAUCAGGUUUAUGUGUUUGUUUAUUUAGAAAAUACAUUACAAUGCAGAGGUUUUUGGGGAGUCUGUUGCCCGUUUUAAUUUUACUGUGAAUUUACAACAUCAGUUCUUAUUCUAUUAAUAUAAAAGUUUGAUUAACUUGUGAUUUUUAUCAUAUUGUUUAAAUAUAAGAUUCCACCUGUAGUAUUUUAUUUUGAGUCCAUUCCAUUUCAAUGAUGGAUCACCCGUUAACUCGACAGAACUUGAAGGCACUUAGAUAAUUUCUGUCGAGUGUUGGUUCGGUGACAACAAAGAAGAAAAGACCUGUUUAUGAAGGACAUUUUUUUUCAUAAAGCUAAAGCAUUUCAUGUCUGUAAGGAACUACAUUUAAUCAUGUUAAAAUUGUUUAAUAACAAUAGUUGCUGAAUGUUUUUCUUUUAAUCUCACACUAAGCUCUUGAUUGAAUAAUUUCAAUCACAAUAGUUAUAUAAUACAGUAGAUAUACAUAUAUAUUGAAUUAUUGGAAUAAACAUAUUUCUGAAGGCG